AUGCGUUCCAAGUUCAAGGAUGAGCACCCCUUUGAGAAGCGCAAGGCAGAGGCAGAGCGCAUUCGCCAGAAGUACCCCGAUCGUAUUCCCGUGAUCUGCGAGAAGGCGGACAGGACAGAUAUCCCGACCAUCGACAAGAAGAAGUACUUGGUACCAUCUGAUCUAACCGUGGGCCAGUUCGUCUACGUUAUUCGGAAGCGUAUCAAGCUCGCGCCGGAGAAGGCCAUCUUCAUCUUCGUCGACGAGAUCCUGCCGCCAACAGCGGCACUCAUGAGCGCGAUCUACGAGGAGCACAAGGACGAGGACAACUUCCUGUACGUCAGCUACUCGGGCGAGAACACCUUCGGCGCAGACUGGAUCGAGCUACCCGCAGAUGCAUGA